AUGAGUGGUAACAUGAAGCUAGUCCAAUACCUCAUUAAUAAUUAUCAGUUGUCUCUCACAUCAAUUGCAUUACUUCUAGCAGUAUAUAGUACUAAACUAUCAUUAAUUAAAUUAUUUGUUAAUGAAUAUAAACUAGAUCCUCGAGUUAAAGAUGUUAACAGUAAGCAAGCAGUUUAUUGUACAGCUCAAGUUGGUACUAUUGAUGCCUUAGAGUAUUUAGUAAAAGAUUGUGGAUGUGAUUUGAAUAGAGUAGAUGGAGCAAGACACAUGAAUGUGUUUCAUUAUUCUACAUCAAGUGGUCAUUUUUCAUUUAUUAAAUACAUUAUUAAUAAUUAUCCACAAUAUACUAGUCUAUUACAUUCUACUGAUGAUAAUGAUGCUCUACCAAUUCAUGCUGCCUGUGGUAGUGGUGUAAUACAACUAGUGACAUUUCUAAUUGAUGUAAUGAAAUGUGAUGCCACUACUCAAGAUAAGGAUGUUUAUAAUUGUAUCUCUCAUGCAUGCACCUCUGGUAAUCUUGAUCUUUUAAAAUUAUUAAUAAAACAAUACAACCUUAAUCCUAGAAUAUACAGCCUGAAGUCAUCAACUGAAAUUGCAGUGACAUAUAGACACGUUCAUAUACUAGAAUGGCUCAGACAAGAGUAUCAUAUCAAUGUAGCCUCAUUUAAGAAGGGUGUAUUACCUUUUUAUGCUGCACAAUACAGCAACUUGUAUUGUUUAAAGCAUUUAUUAAACAAUUAUUCAUUUGAUAUCAAUGCCACUUAUCCCUUUGAUGAUACUCAAUCUACACUCCUUCACAUAGCAUGUCAGGAAGGACAUGUUGCUAUAGUUCUCUACCUCACUAGUCUUCCUCAGUUGGAGGAGCAUCAGUUUGAUCUCACUAUUAAAGAUUACAAUGGAAUGGCUCCAGUUCAUGUAGCCUGUGAAGAAGGAUCAUUGAGUAUAGUCAAGUACAUUAUAGACCAUUCACCAUUAUCUCUUGAUAUGACCGACUCUUUUGGACGUACUCCACUACUUAUUGCAGCUUUCUCUAAGAACCUUCCCAUCAUUCGUUACCUCAACAGUAAAAAAUGCAACAUUUCUAUACUGGACGAUAAAGGGUUUAACAUAAUACACAUAUCGGCAAAGAGAGGGUCUUUGGAUAUAUUGAGGUUUUUCGUUGAUGGUCGUUACUGUAAUCCUGAUAUCACUGAUGCUUCUGGUCGUACUCCACUUUAUCUUCUUGAUCCAGAGUCAGAGGAUAAAGAUGGAGUGACAUGUUUACACAUAAUAGCAAAGCAAGGAGAUAAAGAGAUAUACGAGUAUCUUGUACCUCGUGUUAGGAAUAAUCCAACUCCUAAGGAUAAAGCUGGUCGGUCUCCACUUCAUUACGCUAGCAGACAUUAUGAGAUAUCAGUGUAUCUGAUUCAAUGUUUUAAUAUUCAUCCUGAAGACAAAGACAGUAACGGAUUCACUGGUGUUCAUGCUGCCUGUCAAGCUGGUAACAUUCAACUUGUCUCACAUUACUUAACUAAUCUAAAAUGUGAUAAGAAUAUUCUAACAAACAGCUCCAAAGGAUUAUUAUAUUUUGCUGGUAGAAGUGGUAACUUGGAGUUGGUUCAUAUUUUAAUAGAUAAGUUUGAUUUAGUUCCUGUUCAAGGAGACAUUGAUGGUGCUAGGUCAGUCAAUGCUGAGUCUACUGUUAAGUUUCUUGAAGCUAGAAUUAGUUUAUCAAAAUUAGUUCGUGAGCUUGUUGAUGAGGCAGAGAAAAGGCAACUAGUAGCAAUAGCUACUAAACCUCGUCCUUCAUUUUUAUCUUCUUAA